GCUCUUUAGCCUUUAUUUAACCUCGAACUACUACUAAUGUUUCAACUUCUUUCAAUCUUUUCCCUUCGUGUAUUUUUAUCUACCAUUUGAAGUAGCUGUAAACUCGUAAAUUCCAUUGUUGUGAUAGGCUACAAGACGAAGAUCUGGAAGUCCAUUUGUGACUUUAAACGGUAACGUUAGGAUAUUUGGGUGACUCCUAACGGCAUUUCUCAGCGCGAGCGACUACUGGCUUAAAUGCAAACCGAUGCUCUGGUACCCGCGUGUAGUGCAGCGAUGGCAUCUGCUUCAUCCAAUAGUCUUCCUGCCUCCGCUCUCCUCCGACGAUGCCAUUCAUUCGCUCUCCUCCAAUAGAAAGGUGCAGCCGGGCCGGCGGAUCCUCGGGCUUGGUUGUGGAACUAUGCGGUUCUGACCCAGGUGUUUUUUUUGUGGAAGUGUUGUCAGGAUUUUAAUCGUUAUUUCCAGAAGUCCUUCAUGUUUGAUACCUGGUCAACAUAGCCCUACCUGAGCUGUCCACCGACAGAGCAUCACCAUGGCGACCCUAGCUGUGCAGCUAUGUGGUGUGUCCUUGCUCCUCUCUUUGGCCGGUGCUUACAGGAUGCCAUGGGAGCCUCGAAUCUUUGCUGAUGAGGCCACGGGUUACGGCCCUGUGUUUGAGGAGGAGCCUCAGGACCUGGUCUACGCCGAGGACAACCCUGACAACAGGAUCUCCAUGAACUGCAGGGUGCGCGCCAACCCCCCAGCCGCCAUAAGGUGGUGGCUCAAUAACUGGGAGGUGAAAAUGCUGGAGCAGCCGGAUGAAUACUACAGCCUGGUGGGGGGCAACCUGGUGAUCACCAACCCCAACAAGAACAAGCACACGGGCAAGUACGUGUGCGUGGCCAACAACAUCUACGGAACCAUCAUUAGCAAAGAGGCCACCGUCAAGUUCGGAUACCUGGAUAAUUUCCCCCCAGAGGAGAGGGAGCCGGUGCUCGUGAAGGAGGGUCAGGGGGUGGUGCUGCUCUGUGAUCCACCCAACCGCGACCCCAACGAUGUUAAAUUUCACUGGCUGUUCAACGAUUACCCCAACUUCAUCGACAUGGACAGGCGGCGCUUCAUCUCCCAGACCACAGGGAACCUGUACAUCGCCAUGGUGGAGGCCCAGGACGUGGGCAACUACUCCUGCUUCGUCUCCAGCCCCAAGAUCGGCAAGAGCGUCUUCAGCAAGCCCAUCCCCCUCGUCCCCCAGCCACAGGAGAGCCCUGCUAAGAAGUAUGCUGCUGACAUCAAAGUGAAGUUCCCUAAAACGUAUGCCCUGCUUGCCAAAAACAUCACGCUGGAGUGCUUUGCUCUGGGAAAUCCCAUUCCACACAUUCGCUGGAGGAAGCUGGAUGCGGACCUGCCGCCCAACUACGAGGUGACGAUGAACGGGGCCCUGCUGCACUUGAUCAACGUGCAGUAUGAGGACGAGGGCAGCUACGAGUGCGAGGCCCUCAAUGUCAAGGGCAAAGACUGGCACAGGCAGUGGCUCUACGUGGAAGGACCCCCCGAGUGGGCCUCCCACAUCAACAACACAGAGAAAGAUGUGGGCAGUGAACACACCAUGAGGUGCGCUGGCAUGGGCAAACCCUGGCCAUGGAUACGCUGGCUCAAGGAUGGCUACUCGUAUGGGAAAGGGGAGCUGCAGUUCUCCAGCCUCACGUUCGCUGACUCUGGCAUGUACCAGUGUGUGGCUGAGAACCCGUGGGGAACCAUCUACGCCAACGCUGAACUCAGAGUUAUUUCCUGCGCUCCGACCUUUGAGUACAACCCUGUAAGGAAACAGCUCCUGGGGGCGAGGAACGGCCGCGUGGUCAUCGAGUGCAAACCCCGAGCGGCGCCACGACCCAAGUUCACCUGGCUGAAAGGGAAGGAGAAGCUCGCCAACUCUACAAGGUAUUCAGUGUGGAUAGAAGGCAAUCUGGAGAUCUUCAAUGCGACGAAUGAGGACGAGGGGGUGUACACCUGCUUUGCCGAGAAUGACCGAGGGAAAGCCAACAGCACGGGCACUCUCACCAUCACUGAUGCCACUCGGAUCAUCGUGGCCCCCUCCGACGUGGACAUCCUGGUGGGGGACAGCACCUUGCUGCCCUGCACAGCCUCCUACGACCCCUCCCUGGACCUGACCUUCAUCUGGGAGGUGGACUCCCUCCUCAUCGACUUCGCCACGCAGGGGAAGCACUUUGAGCUGCUGCUGGAUCGGGAGAACAGUGGUGACCUGCUGAUAAAGGAUGCUCUAGCAAAACACUCAGGCCGAUACUCCUGUACUGCCCAGACCGUAGUGGACAAUAUCACAGUGAUAGCUGAUGUCCUAGUCAAAGGCCUGCCAGGGCCCCCUGGUGGCGUGAUGGUAGAGGAGACGAGGGACACGUCGGUGAAGCUCGUCUGGACCAGGGGCAGCGAGCAUGGCAUCCCUAUCACCCAGCACGUCAUCCAGACACGAGACUACUAUGCCCUCGACCCCGACGACUGGAAGGACGCAAAGACCUCUCCUGUGUUCCUGGAUCGCUUUGCCACAGCAGCUGAGGUGGAGCUCUUCCCCUACAUGCUGUAUGAGUUCCGGGUGAUCGCCAUCAACGAGAUGGGUCCUGGAGAGGCCAGCUGGCCAUCAAAGAAGAUCAGAACCUGGGAAGCAGUCCCUGUGGUGGCUCCCGAAGAUGUCGGAGGCUUUGUGGGGAUCAAAGGCGAGCUCACCAUCACCUGGACGCCCAUCCAGCCUCAGUAUUACUAUGGGAAGAAGUGUGGCUACGUGGUGGCGUUCAAGCCGCAUGAGAACUAUGACUGGGGGUGGGCCACGGUGACCGACCCCGAGACGAGACGCUACGUCCACCGAGACCUCUACAUCACCCCGGCAACGGAGAUCCAAGUGAAAGUCAAGGCCUACAACAGUAAAGGGGAGGGGCCCUACAGUAUCUCUUCUGUCGUCUAUGCACCAGAGGGGGUGCCCAGUGAGCAGCCCCUGGAUGUGUAUGCCCGUCCUGUCAGUUCCACGGAGGCUCUGGUGUGGUGGCUGCCCGUCUACCUGCAACCCCCGCUGCAGUGGGUGGACGGGUACCAGGUGAGGUACUGGAGGAAGUAUGACGACAAUGAGGCAGCGGCCCAGAGGGUUCUAGUGGGGAACGGCGUGAACAACACACGUCUGGAGAACAUGCUCCCCGACUCGCACUACCUCAUUGAGGUGCGGGCCUACAACGGAGUGGGCCUCGGUCCACCCAGUGAACACUGUGAGAUGUUCACCAGGAGACCACCUCCGUCACGCAGGCUGCGGGUCUUUAAGUACGUCAGCUGGAGUGGGAAAUGGCUCUACCUGUCCUGGGACCACAUCUAUAACUACUGGAACGAGUCCUUCAUCGAGGGCUACAAGAUUCUGUACAGGCAGGUUGGCUAUCGCUAUGGGAAGCUGUACACGACCGGCAGACACUACAUAGACUUCCCCAUGCCAGAAACGGGGGACUACAUCAUCGAGGUGCGUGCCCACUGCGAGGGUGGAGAUGGACCGGUUGCACGAGUUUCCAUCCAGGGUGAACUUGGUGAGUACUUAAGUCCUGCAGUCUUUUUCCCAAUAGCUGGUAGUUCAUUAAUAGUUAAUUUACCAUUUUCGGAGCCAUUCUAA